AUGCCAUGGGCUUAUCCUGUUGACUUUUUGAAGCAAUUGAGGAAGCUGCAGUUGGUUGAUGUAAAAUUGGAAGCACAGAGUCUAAAGCAGUUGGAAACAUUGGAUAUUCGAGAAUGUUUGAAGUUGAAAUACAUAGUAGCAGAGACUAUGGAUGAUCAGGAUCCUAAUCAAAAGAGUCAUGACUCAAUGUUGCCAAAAUUGAAAUAUCUCAUGAUCUACGACUGUGCUGAAUUAGAAUUUAUAUUGCCAAUAUGUUUUUGUGAAGACCUUCCACUACUAGAAAUCAUCUCCAAGUGCAAAAGUAGACGCAGUAGCAGUCUAUCAAGGGGUCAUCUAUGUUGUUUUUGGGCAAAAUCAAAAGCCUCAACUAUCCGUCACACUUCUGCUCCCAUGGACACUCAAUCAAACCAUAAUCAGGCAGUAAAGGGGAAAUAUGUUGUCAACAGAGCUCAUGGUCUUUUCACGCCACCAUUAUACCCAUGUAGAAGUUUGAGAAGGAUACGGAUAGUUGGAUUUUCUGAGUUAAAGUCACUCUUUACGCCAUCCAUUGUCUCAUCAUUGAAAUUGCUGGAAUGGUUGGCAGUUGGAAAUUGCGAUGCACUAGAGCACAUAGUAACAGAUGAGGAGCAUGGUCAUGAUCGUGGGAAUGCUAACUCUAUUUUCCCAAACUUACAGAAGGUUGAAGUCUAUGGCUGUAGCCGCUUGGAAUACAUAUUCCCAGCUCUUUAUUCAAAAGACUUGAAGCAUUUAGAAUCUGUGAACAUCGACGGGGCUGGAAUGUUGACACAUGUCUUUGGAGAAUGCCGUGCUGAUGAGAAUCCCAAUGUUCAGCCUUGA